AUGAACACUGAUGGAGUCUUUUCUUUGCCCAAAAGCCUUUUCGAUAAAAAGGUUGUUGUUACUGCUUUUAAUUUAAAGUAUGAAUCAAUUAAAUUUGAAGCCAACAAUUGGAACUUUUUACAAUUGUAUGCUUCAAAUGGAUUUGAAAACCACGAAAAUACAACAAGUUGUGAAUUCUACCCAGCUGCCGUUCCUUACGACAUUAAAGAUUCUAAUAAAGUGUCAGAGUGGGCUUUUUGGUGGAUUAAUAUCAUAAAUAUGCAAUUCACAUAUUUGACACCAAAAGAUAAAGGUAUUUUCUUCACCACAUCUGGUCCCAUUUCUGUGUUAAACGUCCGAUCGCCAUCUCCCAUGAUGUACAACUACUAUUUUAAUGAGGUAAAAAUGGUGAUCGAAUUUAAUGGGACACUUGAAUUUUUAAUGGGUUCUGUUGGGAUGGGGAAACAAACGAAUGGAACAAAUGUGGUCGAAGUGAAGUGCUCCAACAUGACCAUUGAAACAAUCACAAGAAGAGAUUUGAAUACGAAUAAAACUAUUAUGGAAUUUCGUGGAGCAAUGGAUAGAAAAUGUAAAGCACUCACAAAUUUCUUCUCGUUUUCUAUGAUGACACGACCGGGGACUUUUCUGAAUUUUACAGAAAUUACUUUCACUUCGAAGAAGAAAAACACUUUAAAACAGUGUCCGUAUUCAGACUAUUUGUGUAAUAACAGACAAUGUGCGUAUAACACAAGUACAUGCGAAGUGAUUUGUGGGAAAUGUGGUGUUGGGUAUGAAUGUGUUGAUGGUUAUUGUGAAGAAGAAAACAACAACAAUUCGAGAAAUGGAACAAGAGGUGUCCAACUUCUAUUUCUGGUACUUUACUUCCUCUUUGUCUUGUAA